GGCAGACAGACCAGACAAGAUUGAGCAUGCAUGCGGGAGCCGAGCUCAAAGUUUCUUUUUUUUCCGGCAACACUCUGACUUUCCUCCCAUCCUGUGAAAUGUGACUCGCAAGCUAAGCAUGAACAUUUUCUGGGGCUGAUUUGUUUAAUUUAAGAUUUUAAGUUCUCGCUCAGACAAAUCGCUCGGUGCGCAAUGAGCGCGUCUGCGGGAACGGGAGUGUUCCUGCUCUCCCUGAUGUCUAUCCCCAUCUGCUAUUUAUUCAAUUCUCUCAUUUACAGCAACAGUGCUGAAGCUUUCUUCUUCGCUUGGUGCACAACAGUUCUUGUUCUGGCCAUUUCAGCUCGUUUUAUGCUUAAAAAGAAGGCUCCAGUAGAUCCACUUUUUUAUGUGUAUGCAGUGCAUGCAUUCCUCAGUGUGGUGAAUCUGAUCAUUGGACUGGAGCAAGACAACAUCAUUGAUGGAUUUGUGACAUUUUACCUCAAAGAGGCAGAUCCACAUGUCAACACAGCACAUGGGCACAUGAUAUCGUACUGGGAUGGCUGUUAUGGGACUCACGUUGGCCCUCUCUUCAUCCUCCAUUUGUUGUACAUCUCAGUGUCGGUGUGGGCUUGCUUCCGCAUCUUUUGUCAGCCUUCUGCACGAGACGUUGAGCUAUCAGACAUCGAGGAGGCUCACAGGGCAGGCUUGCUCCGCAGACCUGUGGACUUGGUAUUCAUCAUCUACCUCAUUCCAGCGCUGGCUUUCUGUGUGUUCAGAGGCCUGGUUGUUCUUGACUGUUCCAGCAAAUGGUGCCAAGACUACACACAACAGUAUGAGCCAUACCUCAAAGACCCUUCAGCCUACCCUAAAGUACAGAUGCUGGUGAGCAUGCUGUAUUCUGGGCCCUACUACAUCAUUACUCUGUAUGGGCUGUUGGUCCCAGGAUGUGACUGGAUGCCAGACCUGACUCUUGUACACUCAGGAGCAUUGGCACAGGCCCAGUUCUCCCACAUCGGUGCAUCUCUUCACACACGGACACCGUUUUCAUACAGAGUACCUGUGGACAGCCAGCCUGUCUUCUUGCUGGUCAAUGUGCUGUACAUGCUGGUGCCUCAGGCUCUGUGCUACCGCUGCUGCACACAGCCCGCCUUCUUCCUCAGGACAGCGCCAGAGAAGAAAAAUGAAUGACAGACUGUCGGGGGGACAGAGAGAGUGCCACAGAUGCCAAAGAUGCCUAAAAUAAAGGCCCGAAGAACUCGCAAAUUCCUGCUGUGUUUGCAGUUAUUAGCGGUUGCUAUUUUAGAGAGGAAACUGCCACCUGUAAACUUCAUGGGGUUAUGUGGAGGUGCUAGAAAUAGACAAAAAUGGAAAUUGUGCCAUCUACUGUUUUUGAUCUGCCGCUUUUUAUUGAAAAUCUCUGUGUGUAAAGCAGCAGCAUCCACAUAAGGCACACACAAUGUUACACUGCAGGCAAUGGUGCGUUAGAGUUGUGUAACAGAUUGAUAUGACUCACAAUAGUCAUUGUUUGGUAUAAAAACAAAACUGUCGUUUGUCGCUGAGAUUUCUGCACAGUGUCUACUUGGCAAAUAAAUUAAUGUGACUGUGCCUUUCACAGUAUUUAUUAGCUAAUAGCAAUUUUUUAAAAUUUCUUUUAACUUUUUGUUUUUUUAUUCAGUGUGGUUUCAGUCAGUUUGCAGAGUGGGUUCCCUUGAUUCAGUUUAGUUUUAAUUGUCUGAAAAUGAUUAGUUUAAGUUUGGUUUUUAGUAGUUUCCUUGUUAGUCUGAGUUUCCUCAAUUACAUUUUAAUUAUUAUUGUAUGCCAAGGGCAAAAUUUAGGAAAAUCCUUACAGCUAAUGCAAUGAAAUCUGUAACAAACUAACAAAUACUAAACUUAAGGAUAUUUUCUAUUAAUUUUUUUCUUUUCCAAGUUCACAAAAUCAUUUAAUU